CAUACUCUUUGCACGGUUUUUGUGAUGGAUCGUCUGUCGGUUAUGCAGCUGCGGUAUACUUGCGAACAGAAUGUUCUGACGGAGAAGUCACUGUUCGCCUGGUUAUUGCUAAAACAAGAAUUUCUCCACUUAAAACAAAAUUGACGAUACCACAGGCGGAAUUAAGUGCCGCAACUUUGCUGGCUAAAUUACUGUCUCACGUAUAUUUAGCACUAUGUGAGCUGUCACUUACAAUCACGGAAAUUAUCGGUUGGUGUGAUAGCACGAUAGCUUUAGCUUGGCUGAGUAUUUCACCCCAUAAAUUGGGUGUAUUUCAAGGUAAUAGAGUUUCCCAGAUAAAUGAGCUCAAUUUACCAGUUUCUUGGUUUUACAUCAAUAGUGAUUUAAAUUGUGCAGAUGUUGCAUCUCGUGGUUGUACAGCCGCCCAAUUGCUUGAACAUCCUUUAUGGUGGAGUCCAAAAUGGUUACAUCGGUCUCGAGAACAUUGGCCUAAUCAAACCAAGCCAGAUUUACCUGAGAACUUGCCAGGAUUACGGUCGAAAUGUGUGUCUAAUAGUCUAGCUUUAGAUGACUUUGAUUUAAUCGAUCGGUAUAGCUCUUUUGAAAAAUUAGUCAACGUGACAGCGCUUUUGUUUCGAUUUAUGAAUAACUGUCGUGGUAAUAAAAAUGUUAGCAAAAAUGUGUCUGUAUCGGAACGUCGUUUCGCACUGUCUCGUUUGUUCCAGAUGAUUCAAACGAAACAUUUCUGUAGUCACAUUGAAGAUUUAUCUGCUGGGAAACCUAUUCGAGACUCGUUACGGAAACUUAACUUAUUUGUCGACGGACAAGGUUUAAUUCGAGUUGGAGGACGUCUUUGUCAUUCAGAACUUCCUUAUUCGGCCCGACAUCCCAUUUUACUUCCCGGAAAAGACAAACUCACAUUUCUUUUAGUGGAUCAUUAUCAUAAGGUAUAUUGUCACGUAGGUGCUGACACUUUAGCUUCAAUUCUAAGUCGGAAUUAUUGGAUAUUAUCAAUGCGAUUUGUAACUAAAAAUGUGACAUUUAAAUGCAUUCCAUGCUUUAAAACUGCGCCUCGACACCAACAGCCAUUUAUGGCAGACUUACCUGCAGAUCGGGUUCGAUGCUGUCGAGUAUUCGAAGGAGUAGGGACGGAUUUUGCAGGCCCAAUCCUCAUGAAGAGCAGUAGUUUAAGAAAUGCUCGCAUUCAAAAGUGUUAUUUGUGCAUCUUCGUUUGUUUGUCAACAAAGGCGGUACAUUUGGAAAUAGUUUCUCAACUUUCAGUCGAAGCAUUUGUCGCUGCUUUUACUAGAUUUGUUUCUCGAAGGGGGUUACCUUCCUUGAUUCGCUCUGAUUGUGGUACAAAUUACGUCGGGACUAACAAACAUUUGAAAGAGUUAUUCAUUUACUUAAAGAAUCAUCACGGCGAGUUAGAACGUGAAUUAAUCAAAAACCAAAUUACAUGGCUGUUCAACCCUCCCAGUAGCCCAAAUAUGGGUGGAUUGUUUGAAGCUGCUGUUAAAUCCGCUAAAACACACAUGUAUCGUGUACUCGGUGAUCAACGGCUUACGUUCGAGCAAUUAACGACAUUUUUUACUAAGGUCGAAGCGGUGAUGAAUUCAAGGCCUUUGUGUCCUCUCAGUUCGGAUCCGACAGACUUGGAAGUUUUAACUCCUGGUCAUUUCAUCAUCGGUCAACCACUGGUAGCUCUACCGGAAUAUCCAUUUGAAUUAACGAAUAUAGGCCGUUUGUCGCAAUUUCAACAAAUUCAAAAACUGACACAACAUUUUUGGUCUCGUUUUCGCAAUGAAUAUCUUCAUACUCUACAACAGCGUCCUAAAUGGACUUUACGUACGAAAUCUCCGGAAAUUAAUGAUUUAGUUUUAAUAAAGGAAGAAAACUAUCCACCUUUACAGUGGAAACGUGGCCGCAUUAUUAGAUUAUUGCCAGGAAAAGACGGAAUCAAUCGUGUAGCUGAAUUAAGGGUUCAAAACGGUUCUUUACUCCGGCCUGUUUCAAAACUCUGUGUAUUGCCUUUGAUGGAUAGUUGCUAACCAAGACCUAGCUUGGUUCGGGGGGGAGAAUAUGUGCAAGCAUUAUUCAUUCUCUCAAAAUUUAAAUCCAUUGCCUGUGUUAUGGCAUGGCAACACCACGAUGCACUGCGCAGUCGCGCAAUAGACCAAGCAUUCAAAUGGACCAAUGAGAGCAGUUUGGUUCUCGGUUAAAAAGAUGUCGGGUUAUGAAAGUUUUUCUCGGUUCAUAAAACUAUAUUUUACAUAGAAUUGUGUGAUAAGUGAACUCGUUUGACCAUAAAAAGAUUUGUAACAUAACUUUAAGUGUGUGUGCAUAAAGAUUUACGCUGAGCCCGGUCGAAACAUUGAAAUCUGUGUGUAAAUCAACCAGUGCAUAUAGCCGCCGUCGCCAGAUUCAUCAA